AUGUCCGAGGAGCGCCUCCCGGACACUGCUAGUCGCGACCCGCUGGGCCAGGGUCCGGAUGAUGAUAGAUCGCAAAACUUGUUGGAUCCCAGCCCGGCACGCGACACUCAGCAGUCGCGGGAAUUUUGCAAGGUGCAGCCCGAAGGGCCGGAGAAACAUGAGAUGCAACCCGAUGUGCGCCCCGGUGGCUGCACUCGGGAGCGUGCAAACUGUGGCGACUCGCGUGAUGCCAUUAGCACCACGACCUUCAAAAGCUCCAGCAAACAUUCACUUUGGAAUGACGUCAAAAUUGGCCUUGCAAAUGCUGAUGAGCCGGCCGUUUUAGAGGCGAUCUCCCGGUUGGAAGACACAGGCUUGCUGCAACAGCAAACUUUCGAAUGGAACGCCGCCGAACUGGUCAUGGAUUCACUUCAUGGAGAAUGUGGCCCAGCGGCAAAAUGGGCCGUGGAGGACGUUUUGGCAAACUUGAAGUGCCGCCCCAGCAGGCAACCGGUUCGCAUCACAUGUCUUAAUGUCACCAAAUGGCGUAAAGAGCUGGCUAGUUGGAUUGCGAAUUUAAGCCCGGACCUCGCCCUCCUUCAAGAGACCCACCUUGAUGCUAAAGAUGUCAGCCUUCUUGCUGCCCAUGCUGGGAUGUUCGGGUAUGAGGUCUUUCAGUGCCCGGCUGUGGCCACGGGCAAAGGGGGCAACACCGGGGGAUUGGCAAUCUUGCACCGGAGACACCUCGAUGUGUCACAAGUCACGAGCCACCUCGUUGAAGGUAAUGGUUACCAAGCCGCCAUGUUCAGGGUAAAAGGCUUUGAUCUUUACGUUGUCAACGUGUACUUGAAAUCAGGCGAGGGAUUCCAGAGCAGCACCAAUGCCGGCAUCAUUGCAUCGCUUCUUUCCUUUGUUCGAUCCGUCAGAGGUGCCUUUGCGAUUUUGGGUGACUUUAAUGAGGACUUUGAAACCCUAAGUUCCACCCAUAUUGGGGAGGAGGCGCGUGCGGUGUGGGUCGGACCAGGCACGUCCACCUGUUCUGGCGGAGGCCAAAUUGAUUUUGGUUUAAUUUCGAAUAGCCUGGCCACUUGUGUAGCGGUGCAGCUGGACUGGAACACCCCGUCAAGGCCGCAUGCAGCUUUGCAUUGGCAGCUUGAUGUUGCCCUGUUGCAUCAAAAAAUGCCGCAACUCAAGAGUUUCAAGCCUGCGCAGCUCGAUUCGCAGCCUUUUCAGCUAAGCACCGACAGGCCAGAGGUCACCAUCUUAGAUGAGCAGGUUACCGACGAAUUGACACUUGAUUUUGCGGCUUUAAGCUGUGCUGUUGAAAUGUCCGUUUAUGGCCAGGCUCAGGGAAGAGGAGCCAACAUUCUUUUGCAUCGCGCGCCAUUGCCUGUGCAGGGCGCUCCCAACGUCAAAGCCAGAGCCAUCGAUCAAGCCAAGCAUUUGCCGCCCAUAAAUUUUGAGAAGGCUGUAAAACUUUUCAAAAAGUUUCCAGCGAAGGCUCCUGGGGCCGACGGCUGGACAGCACAGAUGCUAAACAACUUGAGCGAAGAGGCAGUCCGGGCUGUUAUUGACUUCAUGCACGCUUGCGAGGCUAGUGCAGAGUGGCCAGCACAGUUUGCCAUUUCCUUGAUAGCAUGCCUGCCCAAAAACACACUCCGCGAGAGGCCAAUAGCCUUGCUCCAUGUGCUUUACCGCUCAUAUGUGCGCCUCCGUUUCUCCUUGAUAAACCAGUGGCAGCAGGAGUAUGCUAAUCAAUGCCACUGGGACCGCUCCCUGCCGGGAGGAGCCGUACUUGACGUCGCAUUGGGGAGACUGGUCCGGGGGGAGUGUACUCGGCAUAGCCGGUUACACAUGGUAACGCUCUUUUUAGAUUUAGAGACCUUCUUCGAUCGUUGCCGGUUCGAUGAAAUGUUCCGAACGGGACUCAAGUUGGGCUACCCGCCCAUCAUAUUACACCAGGCCUAUCUGGUUUACAGUGGAGCCAGAUAUCUACAGGCCGAAGGCACGGUCGCACCGGUCAUCAAGGCCAAUACCGGACUCCUGCCAGGAUGCCCUGCGGCACCCUCGAUAGCGAAACUCAUCAUGCAUGAUGUUGCGGCUGAGCUUAGUGUCAAACCAGGAACGUCCAACUUGGAUGUUUGGAUAGAUGAUCUUAGUCUUGAUACGGUUACCGCAGCUCCCAAGCAAACUGCUAGCAUUGCUUUGCGCUUGUUUCGAGGUCUUCGCAGUUCCCUGGAGUCCAGGGGCGCACAAGUUGCCAUCAGCAAAACUUCCUUCGUUGCCACGUCGUCUGAGGCUUGCAAGGCCUUGAAGGCAAUAUGCCAAUCGGAUGAUCCGGCCAUUAAAAAUUUCGCCCGCGACCUAGGGGAUGGGCAAAAAUUCGCCAGCACUUGGAAAAGCAUAUGGAAUCACUUGUCCAAAGCAAAAGACCCUUGGAAGAGAGUCACCGGACCAAUUGCUGCCACCCAAGCGUAUUUGAUUGAGUUGGGAGUGGAAUGCUCACAGGUGCAUCUGUGGCGGCAUGCCAAAGGUAACCUUCAACUCGACUGGGCCAAUUCUGAUGUCAUCCGCAGCGGCUGGGAGUGGGUGCAUAAAUUACUGCUACACCAGCAAGGGCUUCGCAUUGCCCAGCAAGAGGGUUGUGGUUCGCUCGAUCAGGGCACUGACUUCACUGUCCACCGCAAGUUGUUGAAGCGCAAACACGUGCAGAGAGCUACCCUUAGCAAUUUGCAUGCGGUAUGGCAAGGAGCGAUGGUUUCCUCAGCCAAACCAGGUUGGUGCAAGCUGUGCCAGUGUCCGCUUUCUUUGCAACAUAAUCUUUGGGAAUGUCCGUUCAUUUGCAAGCAGUUUGAUGCCAAGGAGUUUUCCGAAAUGAAAUCCCAGUACCCUUGGCCUUCAUUGUGGUUGAGAGGCCUGACUCCCCUUAGUGAAGUGCGGCAUCCCAAACCUGCGAUUGAGCAAUGCGGCUUGCAAGUCACGGGACUAUGGUCGACCCAGAGUACUUUGGAAGGCAGUCGAUAUGUUUUUGCUUGUGAUGCUUCUGGAGGACCAGGCGGCUCGGAUCAAAGGCUCCUCGUGACGACUUGGUCCAUAGGAGCCUAUGCCUUGGUUGAUGGACAACCAAAGAGGGUUGCGAGUGCCACGUGCUUGGAGGCGGAGCCCCUGACAGUGCCUCAGGCCGAACAGCGAGCUCUUUUUGAGUUGAUGCAUCGUGUCACUGGCGACUUUGAUGCCACAACUGAUUGCAAAAGUGUCAAGCAAAUCUUGGGCAAGGCCAACCCACCGCAGGAAGGUGUUGUGCCAUGGGGCACGAUAUGGCACGAGCGCAGUCGCAUCCGCUUGCAUUGGGUUUCUUCACAUAAAAGUGCAGCUUACUUUGAAAAGCAGGGCUGGGAGCAGUGGAGGCGCCUCAUCAACGAGGACGUCGACAAACUCUGCGGGGAAAGGGCUUCUCAGCAUUUCUCGAUCGCGCAUGCGAAGUGGCUGAAGAAAUGUGAUUCCGUGGUGGAACAAGUCUGCUACUCCUUAGCGCGACGUGCUGGAUUCAUCAUUCGGCUGCAGCGCCCACAGUCGGCCGUUGGAGUGGGCAGCUCAACUUUGGAUCAGUCGGGCCCUGCGGUCGGUGGUGUGGGCACUUGGCGUGCUCAUGCGACCACCCGCUGCGCUGUGUACAGUUGGCGGUUGGUGGAGUCUCCACCCGAUCCAUUGCCAGUGCUUUUCAAUCUGCCAGCACCUUCGGUCAACCCUCCAGCUGGGCCCGUCGCCUCCUCUGCAGCGGCUGCCCCAAGGUUGCCGGAGUGCCAAGGCGAGGUCACUCAGUCCACAGGCAUGCCAGCAGCUGUUCUGCCAGUGAAGCCCAAGGCCCAAGGCCUGCUAAGCAUGGCGCCCAAGCAAGAAGGGCGGCACAUAUCCACGCAACUCCGCCGUGAGGAGCGGGGACUAUCAUGGAAAUCAGCGGCGACGAUUGACCGACAGCGGGGACGUAAGAAAGCCCGCAAACAGAAGAAGCGCCGCGAACAAUAUGAGCACGCUGGCAGGAGAACUGAGGAGGCUUGGCCGCCCCCACCACCUCCACCAGGACCUCGUGCGGAGGCGAGACAUCGUGAAGCUGAAGAGCUGCCGUACGACUUGGAGGAGCCCUCGCCUUCAGGGCUGAGGGCUCCCUCCACUGCGGCUGCUUCCAGCAGCCAGGGCCCAGCACGGGAGGAGCCCUCGCCUUUAGGGCUGAGGGCUCCACCCCCUACUGCUGCUGCAUCCAGCAGCCAAGGCUUACCUUUGCAACGACUUCCAGAAGCUGAAGAGCCACCGGUGGACCAGGACGACUCCAGCAACUGUCUUCAAUCUGACAGCAGUGAGACACCACAGCCUGCAGUCGCGCUGAAAGAUCGCCCAAGUGACUUUGGCCCUCUUCUUCAUGAGGAUGGCCUAAUCACUUUCUUAUGUGCAGCUGCGCCCCAGGUGAAGCAUCCGGUGAACCACUACCAGUGCCUUCCGGAAAGCCUUGAAGUUUACCAUGACUUUGUCACUGGUGGGCGAACAAAAGCUGCUCGAGCGAGACGGCUGGGGUUCGGAAAGUCCCGGACAGUUUACGUUGACCCUGGCUCCUCGGAACACGUUCUGAAGUUGGCGCCUCCACAAGGUCACGGGCCAGAACCGGAAGCUUGGAGACUGCUCCCUCAUAUAGUGCCGUGCACUUUGGAUGCGGGUUUUCACCUGCUCACGCUUUCUUGGAAGAGCUGCUAUGAUAUCAUCUCCACGCAUGUUUUGAGGCAGUCUAGGCUCACUCCACUGUCGGUGUGGAGGCCAGCUCCGCCGGACCUUGAUAUGGUCCGCUACAUGAUGGCACUGACUGCGGAGGCCUCCCGUUUCUACAAUCUCAAGGAUCUUGGCUUUUUCAACUUUGGUGUUGAUGCCCGUGGCUUCAUUAUGAUGUGGGACACCGCAGACUGGCUUCCAUGGGAGGGUCAAAGGGCACACUGGCCGAACAGACAGCGUGCCUCGGCUUUCUGGAGCGCGGUCAAGAGGAGUGUUCCAGACCACUUUCAGGAGCUACUCCAGCUUGUCAGCAACGCCUCGCCUGAGGAGGUGCUGCAACGGCUACGACCACUCCUUACGCAGCACUACAAGUGGUGCCUGCUACAGCAGGGAGUUUUCCUUGGUGACUAG